CUAGAGAUUUUUAGAUAAAAAAGUGUUUUUAUACGGCUUGUGGUAAGGUUAGAAAUAGUUAGUGAGAAUUUUUUAAAAAAUGAAAGUAUUUAAAUUAAGAAGUAGAAAAAUUACCGUUUGGCAGUCGAUUAAAGGCAAUCUUAGAACCAGCCUUAAUAUUUUUUCUAUAAGUGGUGUAAAUUAUACUACAUAUGACCCUAAGAGAAGCUUGCUUGAACGGCUUUUUUGGGCAGCUAUUAUUCUAGCUAUGGCAAGUUUAGCUACAUGGCAAGGGUUAAAGGUCUAUACUCAUUACUUGGAGAGACCCGUAAUUGUCACAAUGGAUAACGCAUAUUUUGAAUGGGAAUUAUUUUUUCCUACCGCCACUCUUUGCUUCCAAGAUUUGAAAUCCAAGUCAGUUUUACGUGGAUUAUUUCAAACCUACGACACGAAAUAUAAUUAUAGUGAUAAUAGCAUUGAUGAAUUUUUAAGUUAUAUUAAUGACUUAGCUUUUAAAAACUAUCUUAACUAUGAAGAUUAUGAACCGUAUGCAAAUGGUAUAAAAAAGGAGUAUUUACAACCAGAAGAUUAUAUGCAGGUUUUGGAUGCAGCAGUUUACACACUUAAAUUUGAGAAGCCUAAGCCAGGAAGAUCUGUAAAUUACCCUGUGAUAUUUCCUCUUAAUACAACCAGACCAGUUAUAAGGGUAUUUACGGAAUGGGGACCAUGUAUGGUUGCAAAUGCUAAUAUCAGCAUUUUUUAUUCGCCGCAAUAUUUUAACUCAACUAAGGCGUACACUGAUUAUCAACCUGUGAAAUAUUCUGCAAAUACCAUGGCCACCAUAGGAGUAAAGGCAAGUUCAUCAAAACCGCUAUAUAUUUAUAUUCAUUCACCUAACGAAGUACCUGAUAUUUUGGAUAAAAAGAGUGUUGUGAUCAGUCAGUCUUACAAGAAGACUAAGUAUGAAGCAGAAGCUGUUUUUACAACUGAUGAUGUUUUACCUCUAACUAUAAAGCAAAAAAACUGUAGGUUACCGUAUGAACCAAAUGUGGAACCUUUAAGACACAGCCCCGUUUAUAGUAAUAAUUUAUGCAAGUACGAGUGUAGGAUUAUUUUGGCCCUAAAAUAUUGUAAUUGCACGCCUUACUAUUACAGAAGAUUACCAUAUGAGCCAAUUUGUAACUUUACUGGACUUUAUUGCCUCUCAAAAUACAAAGACGAAUUUAUCCACAUGACAAAUGUUCCCAAAGAAUGUCCAAAUUGCGUCCAAAAUUGUGACAUAACCAUCUAUCGAGAGACGAACAUCGAAAGCGAAGCUGAAUUUAUUCAAAAAAUCUUCUCAAUGACUCUGACAUUUCCGCAAAAGAGAUUUUUACGAACUUUGAUUUUUAAUAAAAUCGACUUGACAGUGCAAAUAGGUGGUAUAUUUGGUCUGUUUCUGGGAAGCAGCUUACUAAGUUUGGUAGAGAUAAUAUAUGUGCUGACUAUAAGGCAAUUCUUUGGAAUUAAAAAUCGAAAUACUGAAGUCACUUAAAUUAUUCGCCAGGGUUGCACCAGAGAAAAACAAACCACCGAGAAGCGACAAAACCCGCAUUUACCGUUGAUUUUCUGGGGUCCAAUUUUGGUGCCCUUGAGCGGGCUUAAAUGACUGGCGCUACAUAUAAAGUAACGGAGAAAAAUCGUUUUGGCAAUUUAAUAGUUCCGUACACGGAGAGAAAUACGACAAUUAAUAGAUUAAAAAUUUUAU